UUUGCUAUUCACCAAUGUUUACUGGGCUAAACCAGUCAAGGAACCCGUGGUUAUGCCAUAAAUGUGAUGUACUAAUGUAAACUUCAUUGUAAUUUUAGUCUCUUAUGGAUACGGACUAACACAUCAUCAUUACCAUGCGCCGAGUUGGAUAUUGGAUUAGCGAGAAAAAGAGGAAAAAACUUGACUUCGAAGAACACCGAGAAAGAUUUCGGAAUGCUGGGAUUGAACUUGUACAGAUCGAUCUCAAGCAACCCCUGGAGAAGCAGGGCCCCUUUGAUCUGUUGGUGCACAAGGUCACUGACCUGCUGGCAAGAGCCUAUGAUGGGCACCAGUCUUCCGAAAGAGCUGUUCAAAACCUGGAGACAUACAUCCAGCAACAUCCUGAAUGUAUAGUUUUGGAUCCAUUUGACAGCAUCCGUCGUCUGCUGGACCGUUACACUCAGUACCAAAGGGUCUCAUCUGCUGAUAUGAUGAAAGAUAAUCGCUGCAUGAUUCCAACAUUUGUUGAGUUGAACUCUGUUGAUGUUGAAGUCAAUAAGGAAAAACUUGCCAAGGCUAAUGUUACAUUCCCCUUGGUAUGCAAGCCUAUUCUGGCCCAUGGAUCAACGUAUGCUCACCAGAUGUCAAUUAUCUUCAAUGAAGACUCCUUGAAGGACAUAACUCCACCUUGUGUGGCCCAGUCUUUCAUAAACCACAAUGCUAUCUUGUACAAGAUUCUAGUUGUUGGCUGUAAGCAAUUCAUCAUUCAAAGACCUUCUUUGAAAAAUUUAUAUCCUGGACCUCAUCCUACAAUCUUCUUUGACACACAGGAAGUGUCUAAAGCAGACUCAGACCAUCCACUCAAUGCUGUGGAUUAUGCUACUCUAGAAAAUCAGCCCACCAAACCUGACUGGGUUUACCUUGACCGUCUGGGUCAAAGUAUGAGAGAAGCUAUGGAGCUAGACUUGUUUGGUUUUGAUGUCAUUAUGGACAGUGAGACUAAUCAAUAUGGUAUUAUUGAUAUCAACUUUUUUCCAGGUUUUGAAGCCAUUGACAAUUUUUUCGGUAUCCUGCUUGAGCACAUUGUCAAAGUUUUGGAUGCAAAGGACAGGGGAGAAUUGGUGAAUGGCCGUCUGAAGCCUCCACCACAUGACCCAGCAUGUGUGAACAUUUUAAAUCAGCUGAAUCUUGAGGCACGCAGGGCAUCUGAAAACCAAUUAAACUGCAUGGCUAAAUCCCCGGUGACCACUUCCUCGCCUGUCAUAGAUCUCAGCCCAAGAAGCCAGGAAAAGAAUUUACUGGAAGAGAAACCCUGCAGUUUUUACUUAAGCGGGAAUAAUAAUUUGAUUGAGGCUAGUGAUGCUGGCCCUGGUGAUUCUCAGUAAGUUGCAGAGAUCAGACUCAUCAUAGGCAAGCUGGUGAUCUUGCGUCUGUAUUUUGAAAUAUCUGUGUCCUUGUUACUGCUGUAGUCAGUCAUGUACAGACUUAACUGUAAAUAUUUCACAAUACUAUUUCCAGCUUGUUUAUUUAGAAUUUAAAAUUACAGGUUUCUACAUUUUUUUUCCAUUCAUUGUAAUCUUAUAUAUUGUGUCAUUUUUAUAGCCAAUAAUGAAACUGUAUAUUGAAUUGUAUUAUAGACUAGAUUAUUGAAAAACAUUAUUUAAUUUUUUUUUAUAUUUUGUAAUGAAUUACACAAUUAAUCUGCUUUGUUUUGGUUACUGUUUUUUUUUUUUUUUUUUUUUUUGAGAAAUUACUUUUGCACUAAGCCAAAUGAAUGCUGAUUCAUUUUCUUCAAUUCAAGCUUGAAAGUGCUAAAUUUCUUGAUGUGGAUAUUUUAACUCUAUAGCAAUAUCAUUUUAGUAGUGCAGCUAAAUGUUAUGUUUACACAGGCUGUUGAAGUAUGGUACCCCCCCUCCCCCCCCCCCCCUUCCUUUUUUUUUUAUUUGCUAAAUAUUAUUUACCAAUGAUUUUAUGCUGUAGGAGAUAUUUUUAGUCCCAAUAUUUUCUAGACACCCCCUUUCCCCCUGCCCAAGGAAUUCUACUAGACCUAGUAGGUGUAUCUAUUUUGAUGAAUGUGAAGUCUAGUGUGAUUAAUGUGCCACCUGGUUUACACAACUAAUGGCAUCCUCAUGAAUAUGCUGACUUCUUAAGUUUAUAUCUGCAGGGUUUUUUGUUUGUUUUUGGUUUAAUUAAUCAUGGAUAAUCAAUAAAGCUUUUUUUUUUUUCUUCCAAACCUAUGCAAUUCGCUCACUGAUGCAGUCAGAUUUGAAAAGUACUAGUGUUUGACUAACUUUGUAGUACUUCUUGUUAUUACCAUCUUCAUAGUGUGUGACAUCAUUCCUCUUACUAGAAGAGCUAGUGGAGAGACAAUUUUUAGUUGAAAAUAUUUCUAUGUGAUAUUUAUACCUAUUUAAAAACAAUUUUUUAUGUUUAGGUUUGAAAUGGUAUCAGUUUGUAUUUCCUGCUAAAGACAUUGAGUUGAGCCAUAUGUUGCUCACUUCCUUUUGUAUGUUGCAAUGAUCUUGUUGACACUGUCCAGCAAUUUUAGCAACACAUUGUCUCGACUGGAUCCUUCUUUUAUGCUGUGGACGUUUUUAAUUUCAACUUUUUAUGAUAUUGUUGUUGAUUUACUAUUGUCAAUUGUUUCUUGUUGAUGACUUGAAUCGCAUCAAAAGGUGGAAAGUGGAGGCUGGGUGUUUGGGAUUGGUUCUUAAAAUGAUAUAGUUCUCUGGCAACACGACAUUAAUGUUUGGAAUUCAUCACAGAAAUUGUAUUUUUUGGGCAGAUAAGUUUCUUUGUGCUACUGACCUCUCAUUGAACUGCUCCAUGACAAGUCAUCAACCAUCUUUACUUUGAUGUGAUCUCAUCACCUUUUUCUUUUUGUUCACUUGAUGGACCAACUUAGUUUUAAGUAACAACUAGGAAAAGAAACACAUUUUGAGACCAAAUUAUCCAAAUUGUUUUGUUUUUUUUCAUAUGAGAACCAUUUUUUGUAUUAAAAUGAGGUUGGGUUGUACCUUGUUAUAUUUUACCAGCACAUAUGAUCUAUGUACAAAGUAGUGUUUAUUAAUGAAAAUGAUACAAGUGUUUUUAAAUCAACUGAGAGCUGAUCAUGCAUUGUCACAUUUAUUCUCCUUUAGUUACACAUAGUUGGAUUUCAUUCAAGGAUUUCAAAUUUGUAGCUUUAUUUGUAAAAAGUAUUGGACAUUUCAAAAACAAAAUUCU